UGGCCGCAGCUUUCCCGCCCGUUGUGGGGCCGGGUUGCUGUGCCGCUGGGGGGCCGGGGCCGCGGAGGGGUGUGCGGUUGAAGCGGCGGCGCCCAGCACCCGGUGCAGAGCAGGGCACGUUAAAGAAUGAAACGUGGUAAGGAGCCGGUUUUUGUGAAGUUCAUAAAGUCUGCUGGGAGGUCGGAGUAUUUUUAUAAAGCUCUUGAGUCUAUGAAAGAAUUCCAGUCAGAAGAACAUCUCCAGAUCCUUGAAGAAGAGACAGCGCUCAAUAUAAGAGAAAAUGAUAAAUCGCUUUACAUUUGUGAUCCUUUCACAGGUGUUGUUUUCAAUCAUCUCAAACAGCUUGGCUGUAGGAUUGUUGGACCACAGGUAGUCCUGUACUGUAUACAGGCCCAGAGAUGUGUCCCAAGAGCCGAGUAUCCCGUGUACAACAUGACCAUGGCCGAUGUAACAGUAUCCUGUACCAGCCUCGAAAAAGAUGUUAGGGAAGAAGUUCAUAAAUACGUGCAGCUGAUGGGUGGACAUGUGUGCAGAGACCUCAGUGUGGCAGUAACUCAUCUGAUAGCUGGAGAAGUUGGCAGCAAGAAAUACAUAGUAGCUGCUUCUCUGAAAAAACCUAUUUUGCUUCCAGCUUGGGUUAAGACACUGUGGGAUAAGUCUCAGCAAAGCAUCAUGAGAUACACUGAUGUUAACAUGGAAGAUUAUGCUUGCCCUGUGUUCCUCGGCUGUACAAUUUGUGUAACUGGCUUAAACAGUUCAGACAGGAAAGAAGUCCAGCGCCUCACUGUUAAACAUGGUGGGCACUAUACGGGGCAGCUCAAGAUGAAUGAAUGUACUCACCUCAUAGUUCAAGAGCCAAAAGGUCAGAAGUACGAAUGUGCUAGAAAAUGGAAUGUGCACUGUGUGUCUAUCAAGUGGUUUUCUGACAGCAUUGAGAAAGGCUUCUGUCAGGAUGAGACAAUAUAUAAAAUACAAGCUGGAUCAAAACUGACACCCAGUACGUCAACACCUACAAAUGAUGUCAGGAAGCCUGAUAAUCAUGCCCUUCCAGAUGUCAGCCACAUUUCCAACAUCAAUCUGAGUGGUGUUAAUGAAACCGAAUUUAGCUCUGCUCUGAGCAGCAGGCAGGAUCCUCUUCCUGAUGAGCUGGAAAACUUGGAUAUAAGUUCUUUUCAAGCCCCUGAAGAUCUGUUAGAUGGGUGUCGAAUCUAUCUGUGUGGCUUCAGUGGCAGGAAGUUGGACAAGAUGAGGCGGCUUAUUAAUUGUGGUGGUGGUGUUCGAUUUAAUCAACUUAAUGAAGAUGUUACCCAUGUCAUUUUGGGCGAAAAUAGCGAGGAGCUGAAACACUUUUUGGACAAGACAUCUCACAGGCCUCAUGUAGUCACAGCAAAAUGGUUGCUGGACUCAUUUAGUAAAGAUUAUCUACAGCCAGUGGAGCAAUAUAUUCCUCUAAACUACCAGCUGUUAGAGAAUCCGAUUUUGGAGCAACCUGGAAUGAAGUCAGUUCUUCCCAAAAAUAACAGUCUCUUGAAGAAAGAAGCUGUGAAUGUUAAAAAGCCUCAGAAAGCUGCUGAAGAUGACCUCCUCUCUCAAUACAUAACUAAUGAUUCUACAUUAGAUGAAGCUGGAAAACUAACAUCCAGAACCUUCAGUGAUGAUACUCACUUGUCUGUUCAAGGAGAGAAUGAAUCUUCCAUCUGUAAUGGUUUUCUGGGAGAGUCGUCUGCACUAGCUGAAGGAGGAUUGUUUGUCAGAAAGAGCUUUCUUCUUUUGGGUUUUGGUGGAGAGGACGAGUCCUGCAUUGCAGAUAUUAUAAAGGAGAAUGCUGGGAAGAUCCUGCCACUGCAAAACAGAACCGUUGCAGACUAUGCUGUGGUACCGCUGUUGGGGUGCACGGUCCAGCUGACUGUUGGUGAUGUUGUCACAAACACGUGGCUGUUAACAUGUGUGGAACAGCAGCUCCUUUUAGAUCCCCAGUCCAAUCCACUUUUCACACCAGUCCCGGUAAUGGAAGGAGUUACCCCUCUGGAAGGUUGCGUUCUUUCUUUUAGCCAGUUCACUGGUGCAGAGAGAGACUCUCUGGUUUAUCUGGCAGGACUGCUAGGAGCCAGAGUCCAAGAAUUCUUUGUGCGGAAAGCCAGCGUAAAAAAGGGCAUGUUUGCCAGUACCCACCUUGUGGUGAGAGAAGCGGGUGGUUCCAAAUAUGAAGCUGCAAAGAAGUGGAAUUUACCAGCAGUCACUGUAGCUUGGCUUUUGGACUCUGCAAGGACAGGAAAGAGAGCAGAUGAAAGCAAGUUCUUGGUUGAAAAUGCAGAGGCUGAAGAUGAGAGUUCCGUUACUCAGCUCAACAAGACACCAGCAACUGUUAAAUCUCCUGAUGUAAACCAAUAUGAUUAUCUCCUUGAAGUUGGAAGAAAAAAAGCUGUGACUCCUCUUGAUAUCAGCAGAUUCCAGAGUAAAGCUUUCCAAGCCGUCAUCUCUCGUCACAUGGAGAAGACAACCCCUCUUGCACAAGGGGGAGUGCUACAGAAAGAGCCGUCUUUACAUCUCGAUACACCAUCAAAAUUUCUUUCCAAAGACAAGUUAUUCAAGCCUUCUUUUGAUGUAAAGGAUGCUCUGGCAGCUUUGGAAAGUCCAGUAGGUCCUGAUCAAAAAACCAGGAAGCCGAGCACACCCCUCUCUGAAGUCAUCAGCAGGAACUUGAAGUUGGCACUGGCAAACAGCACAAGGCAUGCAGCAGCUCUGACUGCCAGCCCACAGCUGGCUGCUGCACAGCCAGAAAAGGAAGAAGAAUCCAGGCCUCUAGCAGAUGUUGUUAUAUAUGUUAGUAAAAAACUUGCUAAGAAGCAAAGCGAACUGAAUGCAGUAGCAGCUUCUCUGGGGGCAGACUACAGAUGGUGCUUUGAUGAAUCAGUAACACACUUUAUCUACAAGGGAGGACAAAACGACAACAAUAAGGAGUACAAAUCAGUUAAAGAACGGGGUGUAUGUAUUGUUUCAGAGCACUGGCUUUUGGAGUGUGCCCAAGAAUAUAAACGGCUUCCUGAAUCUCUCUUUCCUCACACAUACAAUCCCAAAAUGAGCCUGGACAUCAGUGCAGUGCAAAAUGACAGACUCUCUUCUUCCAGUAAACUUCCAUCAACUGGAAAGCCAUCAGAGGAAACUGAGAUUAUUCCAGUGGAUGAAGAUGAUCUGGAAAAUGAUGCAGCUACUGACCAAAUAAAGGAAAUGGUCACUGCAGGGGAAGAACAAAUUGGAGCAAGUGAAUCCAAAGGAGUUUUAACCCAAGCACUAGAAAUGAGGGAGAACUUCCAAAGGCAGCUGCAGGAGAUCAUGUCUGCCACAUCACUGGUGAAACCACCAGGGCAAAGAGGAUCCCUUUCAAGGAACAGUACUGAUGGUUCUCCAACUACUCCUGAUAGCACACGGUCUGCACGGAAUGGCCGCAGCAGGGUCUUGGAAGCUCUCAGGCAGUCCCGCCAGGCUGUCGCAGAUAUAAACACGGAGCCAUCCCAGAGUGAGCAGAUCAUCUGGGACGAUCCUACUGCCAGGGAGGAGAGAGCGAGACUUGUCAGCAACUUUCAGUGGCCUGAUAGUCCUUCCCAGUACACUGAGCAAGGUCAGAGUAAUGCCAAUAAGAACAUGGAUGAAUCUGCCUUCAAAGGAUCUUUAGCUGAUGCAGAGAUUGCUGCUAUAGCUCUUCCUGAGGCUGUAGAUGGAGAUGUGAUUGAAGGUCUAAAGAAUCCUGUAUGUGGAGAUCCUGAAACACCGAUUAAAGAUCAGUUCAUUCCCACUCCGCAGGCCCCCAGCAUUGCUUUCCCACUGGCUAACCCUCCUGUUGCACCUCAGCCCAAAGAAAAGAAUCUGUUACUGUACCUCCAGGCUGUUACAGAAGAAGAAAAGGCUGAUGAAGAACCAGAAAAACUCCGUAAAUUUCAGCUGUCUUCUUUUAAUCCUGAAGAAAGAUUUGAUUACUGCCAUCUGAUUAAGGAAUUAGGUGGAGUAGUGCUUGAGAAACAGUGCUUUGAUCCAAGUUGCACACACACUGUUGUGGGACAUCCUCUUCGAAAUGAAAAGUUCUUGGCUUCGAUGGCAGCUGGGAAGUGGGUGCUUCAUCGUUCCUACCUGGAGGCAUGUAGAGGAGCUGGCUGCUUUGUUCAGGAAGAAGAUUAUGAGUGGGGAAGUAAUUCCAUACUUAAUGUUUUGCCUGGGAUCAGUGUAAACCAGAAGAAACUAGCACUUGCUGCCGUGAGGUGGAGGAAAAAAAUCCAUAAAGGGAGACAAGAAACUGGUAUUGUUGAGGGAGCUUUCAGUGGCUGGAAAGUGAUCCUGAAUGUUGAUCAAACCAAGGAAGCAGGAUUCAGGCGCCUUCUUCAGUCAGGAGGAGCAAAAGUGUUCUCUGGUCAUUCUGUGUCUCUCUUCAAAGAAGCAACUCAUCUCUUUGCUGACUUCAGUAAGCUGAAGCCAGAGGACAGCAGGGUCAACGUAGCAGAGGCAGCAGCCCAGGGAGUGAACUGCCUGAAACCAGAGUACAUCGCUGACUACCUCAUACAGGACCCACCUCCCCCAAUGGAGUCUUACUGCCUGCCACAAGCUGAAUCUUGCCUUCAGAACAACGCAGAACUUGGAAUGGGAUUGUCGCAGAAAAGAAAAGCACUGGGAGAGACAAGCCGAGCCAAGCGAUCCAAAGUCCACUGAGCAACUCCUGUGCUUUUUACUUUCCUUGGAAGAAGCAGCUGUGGAAGGGUCAUGCUGCUAUUCUCAUGCUACAGCUAAGAAACCACUCCCUGACCCACUUAGCCAAGCUUUAAAGAAGUCUUGGAGCCACACAGCCACUGUGAAUGCUGGGGGCAAAGCAGAAGGGGAGCAGCUGAAAUCAGACACAUUGCAAGCUCCAGUGGAACCAGUAACAUGGGAUCUGAGCAUUACCUGUUCUCCAGCCAUCUGCUCAGCCCAUGCACGUGUGUGCCAGCUCCUCUUCUGCACCGAGCCUGGAACCAGCACACUGCUGUCCCCACACUGACUGCUCUGUUGCUGAAGAGAGGGGUGAACACAACAGCGAGACAAACCGGAGGUAUGAAUUCAGUUGGUGCUGUUAAGAUCUAUUUAUUUUCUUCAGCUUUCUUCACAGGAAACAUCACAAAAGUGCUUUACAGAGUUUGAUACCAUUCCUCUAACAAAAGGGCAACAAGGGGUGAGUGCACUGCGCAGUUUGCAGUUGUCAUCUGCAGAAGCCAUGAGAGGUAAACCAGGGUAAAAAAAUCUACUGCCAAUAAAAUAGAGUUCAGGUUUGGAACUUAAAUUAUAAAAUAUAUAUAUAUAAAUAUACAGGCACCAUUAGGUUCCUGUGUUAACUGUGAGGGCCACACAGGGAUUCUCAUAUUGUACUCGACUUUGCUGAAGCAGUUUCUGCUGUGCUCAGGGGGCUCCCAGCCACCCCUUUUCCCAACCGGACAGUAUCAUUCAUUCUUUUGUAUUACAGUGAGCACUCAAAUGGCUUUAUCUUCAUUUCUUCAGGUUCAGCCUGGUGGUGAGACAUUCUGGUACACUGUUGAAAGCAAAUUCAGUUUCCUAUUUUUUUUCAGUUGCAGAGACUAUUCUUCGCUCAGUCAUCUCUUCAUUAAAAAAAUAAAGAGGCUUUAGGCCAGACCCUGCUAUCCUGGCAAGCCAGUUUUGUUCGAGCUAGCACGUUACCAGUCAUGCAACCCUACUCCUUCUCAUAGCUGAACCAUGCUGUACUGUGACCAGUGCUUACUGCCUUCAUUUUGCUCUAUUCCACGGGGAAUUAGGCUCCUCUGUAGCCUUUCAGGGUCUAGGUUUAAAUUCCCCAUGGAGAUCACAUUUACUUGCUAAGCAGUUUUGCAACAGAUGGAGCCAUGUUUGUGAUGCUGGGAGCCCUGACUGAAGAAAUACAGCGUGAUCAAGACUCAGUUUUUGCUUAUAGAGCUCUCUAAAUAGUGAAUUUCUAAAGUGGUAAUUCAGGCACCUGACUAGAAAUCUUUGGCAUGGUAAUAAUGUAGAUGAACGAAACAAGGGAAUGCUCUGGGGUGAAAAAAGGUCAAAUCAGGAGAUUUUUGCUGGGCUUUGAGUUGUAGAAAAAAGCCAAACCAACCAAAAAGAUCAGCAGAGCCAAUUGUCUAGAAAACACUGUCAUGCCAGUUCACAAAGCCAGUUUGCCUUCUACCUAAUUCCCAGAUUAAAGACAGUGCACAGUCAGAGAACCAACUAGUCAGUCCUGAAGGUCAUGGGUUGGUUAGUAGAUAACACAGUGAGGAUUUACAGUGGCAAGAAAGGGCUUUGGGGAGUGUAGCAGCAGAGAGGAGUCUUUCAUACCCUGUCCCACACGGAUGAAGUACUACACUGACAACUCUCAGUUACUGCUGAUCUGCUCUGUUGCCCUUCAUCCCCUCAGAAUUAACCAACACCUCAGCUCCGAUUUGCCAGCUUUAUAAACACCAGCCACCACAAUUGCUUUUAACAGAAUACUGGUAGUACUGCAACAGAACACCAGCCACUAUUUGGAUGCAAAAUCCAAGGUAUGUUCUUCACACCACCCAUCUUUAUUAGAACUGGACAGCAGCUGUUGUAUAUGAUGCAGUAUUCCGGUAUUGAGACAGUGCAGCUCUCAAGUGGCAGGCUAUGCAUUCCAACAGGCUUGAGUCUUCCCUCAUGACAUCCCCUUUGUAUUUAUAAAUGUAGCAUUGCUGGUAAAUGCAGUCAGCACUUAAAGACUUAACUUUAUUUACAGCUGUACCAUCUUUAAUGUACAAGAUGAGAAUGUGAAAAGAUGAAACCACAAAGACUAAGCUUGUCCUCCAGUGUUGCUGCACUCAUCUCCGUCUCAACGCCUGUAAUCUAAUUUCAAAGACCAAUUAAAUACUACAACAGGUAUGUACAACUAAGCAUGGCUGAGUGCAGCUGGUUGCUGGUCAGAGACCAAGUAACACAUCUGUUCAUCUCUGAUGAACACAAACAUGGAGCAGAGUAACCCAGAAACUUCAAACAAGUUUGCUAUGGGGCUUGUUCAUUGUGCUCCCUUCCAGCUGCUGUAUCUAGACUUCAAGUGAGAUCUUAAAUCAAGUUUUAAUGAAACUGGGCUCAAGUGACAGAAAUAACUCCACUGAAACCCAUGAAACUAAGCUCUGGGAGAUCAAACUCAGACUGUUUUACCUGUUUCACAAUGUAUUUGUUCUCUUAUCAGCCUCUUUUUAUGGUUUGAAUCAUUUUGUUGUACAUACGCUGAAAGAGGUACAAGGUAAGUGUUUUGUUUUAAUGGAAAAAAGGAAGCUUGUGAUGACAUUUUAACAGUUUUCUGUAGGCAAAUUACUUGAAAUAAAGCAGUUUUAACUCGAUGACUUCAAUGCUGUAACUGAGCUAGAAAGAAAACUCAAUACAGGAGACAAGAAAGAACAGAAAAGGUCAGAUUAAGUAAAAGUUAGGAAGAGUGUGCCAUGCGCUAACCACUGGUAGGGAGAGUGGGUUAUACACAUGAAACUGAAGACUUAAGUACAUCAGAUGGCAAAAGCUAAUGCCCGUAGAAAGUUGUUAGGUUUGUCAGCACUGGGGAAGGUGGUGAGUGCCAGGGGAUGCUAAAUCCCUCUGUAAACUUGGCAAUUCAGUGGUGAGAGAAAAGAAACCCAAGGCAGUGAAUACUGGAAAGGCUUUAAACCACUCAUACAUGCUCUGGUGGAUUCUGAGUGAGUUGUGAUCUUUCAAGGGGACGAUCUAGGCAUCACCAUGGACAGCUUGAUGAAGACAUCUGUUCAAUGUGUAGUUGCAGUCAAGAAAGCGAGUAAUGUGUUAGGCUCUAUUAAAGACAGAACAAUAUGGAAAAACAUUACAGCAUGUAUUUCUCUUAAGGGAUCCUCACUGAAUAUUUGCUGUUUCAUCAGCACCUUUAAAAAAAGUGACAGAUUAGAAAGUACAGGGAGGAAAGUGGUAAGAGAAUGGCAGAAGCAGCAGUUUGUAGCUGGAAAGACAUGAAGACCAAAGUCAUUUGUUUAUUAAAAGGGAAAAAGGAUAGAUGAUAUACAUCUUUAAAGUAAUUCUCCUCCCCACCAUAUAGCAGGAUAUAUAUCUCAAAGUCUUUUUAAGCCACCUACAACUCUCUUGACUUCAAUGUCACUCAUCAUCACUGUAAGUAUGCCAAAAAGCUCCCUGUGUUAUUCUUUAAUGCUUGUUAUUCGGCUACUUCAACGUUUCCUCUGAAGCAACUGCAGCAGUCUGUUGAAAUUUAGCAGUAAUCAUUUCUGACAGAGCAUUGUCACGGCUGAUGCACAGGAACAACUGUCUUAGAGGUGCUGCAGUGAGAAAAACAUCAGGAAGAGAAAAGAGCUGCCAGGCCUCACCUCUGGCCAGCCCCCUCCAGAGCUGCAGUCUGUCUGCAUGUGUGCCACCAUCAUGUUCUCUGCUUCUCCAGUGGAGACCCACUGUAAACGCUGAGCAAUGAACCUUGAUCUCACCAGUACAGCAGACAGGGGCCUGUAUUAUUCCUAACAAUCAUUUCUUCAUCUUCCAGUUAACUGAUAAACAGGAGAUAAGUAGAUAGGGUAAUCACCACCUCUGUAUCUAUAUACCUUCCUCUCCUGCCUGCCCUUCUCAGCUCUACCUUCUGAGCCUUUCUUUAUCCCUUUUACAGAAGCCUCCCCCAUGGGCAACUAUGUCCUUUUGUUUUAUUCCCUCAUCUUUUUCCUUCACAGCCUGCCUUAAUACCAGACUUUAAAGUUUCAAAGUUAAGAUUACUCUCUCUCCCCUAUUUCCAUCGUACUUGCAUGCAACUUCAACAUGGGAAAGGAAAAAGAGUAGGACAAAUGUGUGUUUACAUGUGAAAGAAGAAAACUACUUUCCUACCACAAAAUACCACUUAGUACCCUGACACAAAUACGUACUUCCAACAGUGAACAUUUAUAGUUCACAUAAUUGGAAUCAACUUUAAACCAGCCACAUUGUAAGAGAUGGCUAUCCACUGUGAGCAGGAUUUUAUUUCAGACAUGGGGUUUACAAGGUAGAGCAAUAUUGAUUUCAUGUGUUCCACAUAAAAACCAAAAAGCCUUGUAUUAAUAUGCCAUUUGGGUUGCACAGAGAAUUAGAGAUAUGAAAUACCAGUUAGAUGGAGUGCUCAGCCUGAACCUUUUCCUUUCCCAUACAUACUAAAAUAAGUCUAAUUACAUAAUGCUUAAAUAGAAUGUAUUUUACAUUCUUUAGAAAUAAGCCUUUCCCAAAAUAGUAUUAAAAUACUGUAAUGAAAGCUAAUAUAAAGAUCCUCUAAUGAAGGUUUUUAGUCCUCUGCAGCACCUUCCAGCAGUCCCAGCCCUUGACAAAGAGCAGCUCUGGCCUCCUCGCAAGACCCCUGUGAGGUAGGUGGUUGGGGGUUUUUUUGGUACAGCUGAGGAAACUGUGGCAAAAGGGAAACUAAAUUGCUUGAAGUGAACACAGCGGCUCAGUGGAAAACCAGCAUCAAAUCCCAUUCUCCUGGGCCCAUGCUCUUGCUACAAAACGGGCUGCUUCUCAGUGCAUGCAGUUGUUUUAUACAAUCUUUUCCGUUCUGGUAUUCCAGCUGAACUACUUGUUCUGGCGAUUCAUUAACACUGUUAAUUAACAUUUCCAAUAGUUGUAUUCUGGCAAAGCAGCCCCUGAACUUCAUCAGCCCUGCUGUACCAUACAUUCUAAGUAACUGAACAUAAGCCCAUGAUAUACGUACCAUUAGAAGAUGCUUCACAAUAAAAGGAAAUGUCUUCACAGCAAUUUGAAUCAGCAUCUCAGAUUUUUAUCACGCAGAAGAAAGAGUUUUCCUAAACAUGAAACAAGUUUUUUCCUAAUAAGAUUGCUGAGCUAUCUUGGAAUUUGUCCUUUCUCUGUUCUCUCCACAGGCAACUGGUUAGACAGCUUUGGACCAAUGCAAAACUCUACCUUCUCUCUGGACAGGUAUCCCCAAUCCUUUUCUUUAAAGGGAAAAAACAAAAUGGGAUGGCUUGCUCAAGUACUGAACUUCACUUUGCCUGAUUUCAAGUCAGAUGGAUCUGUCACUUGUGAAAGCAGCACUUCUAUCCAACCACUUACACUUCACUCCCUACCCCAGGCUAUGCAUCUAAUACUAUCCUUUUCUUGGGCCUCUGAUACAAAUUGGUCAUGUAAAACAGGAGGUAUUCAUUUCUCUGACCAUGUCAGUAUUGGAAAGAAUAAUAUAUUCAUACCUUGUAACUAAGCACCCUUUAAGCACAUGAAGCUGUAUUAGUCUAAAAAAGAAUCAUCUCCUCAAGUUAGUUACAGAAUUUGACAGAAAACCCCAAGCAAGUUUAAAACUACUCAACCAGGCUGAACUGAGACAAAAAACCAACCCCAGCAAGUAUUGCAAAAGCUCAGAUAAGCAAACUCCAAGAUGUGCAGCCCUAUCACAUUUAUAUGGUGUUUACCUGACAUAAACAGCAUGUUGUGAUGAAAAAGUUUCCAAGAGCCAGCACAUGCAGACACCAAAACACUGGUGUCAGGUCUCUAACACAGUCUGUACCAUUAAAAAUUCAGCUAUUCCCAAGUUUUGCAAGACAGUUACUUUGGACAUGACUGGUAAAGGUAACUACAAAGACAAAACUGAAGGAGCAGGAGACGUUUGCUUUUUGUUGUCAAUUCCUCUUCAUUUGUGAGUAAGAUUAAACAUGGCACAGCUAAACCAGGGGCAGUGGGGGUCAAAACUAAUCUUCUAUGUUUAUCAUCAGUUCAAGGAAAUACAGAUGCCAGAUUCCUACAGCAGGCAUUUGGGAAGUCCAACUUUAUUAAAAAUGAUCUAGUUUUUGGCAUUUUAACAUUCCUUAAAUACAGACUGCAUCACCGAGAGUCACAAAUCCCAACUGUUCCUUUCCCUUUAGGUACUGGACGUUUAAAUGUUCUACCAGCAGGUCGGUAACUUCAUGGCUGUAUUUUCAUUUCAUGUCAGAGACUAAGUAAAAUGGAACCUUGAAGUUGGAAACUAACAACUAAGCCACCACAAAAGCGUGUUACAGGUUCGGAAGCAGCACACAACAGCAUUUUACUGACUGGUAUCAAGAAUCUCAUUUCUACAAUCCUUCAUUUAUGGAAUGAGCCUUCAAGAAGCAUUCUGAAGGAAUGACACGGACAGUCUCAGCGUGCCUCAAAUGGAUGCAACAACAAACCAGGUAAAGUUGGACUUCAGAGUCUCAAAAGCAUACUGAGCUUCCACAGAGGAAUGACUUCCAAGAUUGCAGGCAUGCAGAACAAUUCAUUGUUACAGGAAGAUACUGACAACUGGUAUUUUGCUAGUUCCUGGCAGCGAUAUUUAACACAAGAAACAGUUUUCAAUAGUUUUAACAUUCUGUGCUAUGGAAAUUGCUGCGUUUUCUUUCUUUUCCUCAAUGCUUCCAGAAAGAACCUAGAAUGAAAUGCUUAACAAAAGCCCCCAGAGUAACACCUCUAGUUAUCAGUAACUGAUGGACUCUGGUGGCAGCACCCAUCCAAGAGGUUUUAUGGGUUUAUUUCAUUCUUUGAUUUAGCAGAGCUACUUUCAAGUGAAAAGCAAAUCAAAGCUUCAUUCACACUCAAUUCACAAUCUCAAUCCAGUCAUAUACGGUGGGAGUAAGAAGACACUGACAAGAAGCAACUAAGCUUCUCUGUACAAACAGAAGUCAUAUUAGUAUGCACUGCUAUAAGCUCUUACACACAGCCCACCUGACCAUAAGGCUGACUACCCACUCCAUGGCCUGUCCCUUAAGAGAUCCAAAUGCUCUGUGUCUCCUCAGCUGUCAUAAGCUAGAACUAAAGGUAAAGAUUCAUUAGACUCCAGAGUCCAUAUUUCCAUUUUAUUUGAUUUGAAACUGUUACAGGGUUUUCGUGAACUGCCAGAAUUCAUGCCCAAAACCUCAAAGAUGGUACAAUGGACAGUCUCAUCUACCCUUCAUACAGUAGACUAAAACUCAAUUCAUGUGCAUUGGUGAUCUCAAUCCCUUUAGAGCAUCAAGAAAAGCGUUUUAAGCUUUCAUGUUUCUACCACAUCAAGCGACGUGUCCAUUUACCAUGAAUUCCACAGAAAUCUUUAGUGACAAAUCAACAGUUUUGCUGGCAACAACGUAUUUUCAAGGAAGAUACAUGGCUCAGAGUCCAAGGUAUUCGUAUGAGUCUUUCAGUGGGUUUUUGUUUCCAAAUGAACUCUCCAACUUUAAGGAUAGUCUCUCGAGCCCUCUUUAAUAGCAGCUUCUAGCAGAAGUUUUAGAGACAGGUAACUCUGCAAGGGCAAGGCCAGUUUUAGGCUGUGCACAAAAGACUCAGGUGAAACCCCAGCCCCACUGAAGUCAACAGCAAAAUUCCCAUUGGCCUCAGAGAAGCAGAUUUAAAGCAAGUCAGCAGUUAGUCAAAGGGACCCAACGAGGCGAUUCCUGCACUAUCCUCAUCUUCUGCACAUACACAGAACUACCACACAAGCAAGCAAGUUUUGUUUUGUUCCCUGGUUUUUCUUGCCAUUGGCAACUCCUAUAGAUGUUGGGUCUGGUUUUUGGCAUUUACUCUGAGAAACCUCAACACUGGAGCACGCCACUAUUUUUACUUCAUUUUGCUUCUGGUAUAAGAAUUCAGAGAAGAGAAGAGAAAAGCAGUUACAGCACGACACUUUUGGUACUUGACAGGUUUGGUUCAUCAAAUCAGUGUUAAGGGGCAGUGUCCUAUAUUCAUAGUGUAUCAGUGCCAUUUUGCCUACUUCCACUCAGUUAAAUCAGAGAUGAAAACAACUUGAAGAAGUCACUGCCUUCCAUUAUUACUAAACUUCCUGACUUUGAAUAAACACCAUUUAUGAGUGUUACAUAGGGGAUUUUGCCUCAAAAAGCCUGCAUGCUUCACAGAAGUAGCCAAACAAAUAAGGCUUACCAGCUCUAGUUAUCCCUCUGCAUACUAUAUUAUUUUGGUUAUCAAAUAACCAUUAUCCUUCAAGUUGGUGACAAACAAGUCACUUUUUAAUAGAGGAGGAGUUUUUAUCUAGUAUCGCUACUGCCACGUAUCUCAUUUUUAAAAGCCAAAUUCUUUACUUAAGAGUCUGGAUACCUCUGUGU